AUGGUCGCGCCUGCGCUAGAUUCCAUGGCCUCCGAUCUCAAGGUGAAGUCGGAAACGGAGCAGUACCUGAUGAUGUCGAUAUUCCUUCUCGCCUACGCCCUUGGCCCUUUUAUCAUUGCUCCUCUCUCUGAAAUGUAUGGGCGCGUGGUGAUAUUGCAGUCCGCGAACAUGUUCUAUCUUAUCUUCAAUAUUGUUUGUGGAUUUGCCACGUCCCCGGGACAGAUGUUUGCUUUUCGAUUCCUCAGUGGCUUCGGAGGCAGUGCGCCACAGGCGAUUGGAGGUGGCGUUUUAAGUGACUGCUGGCGAAAGGAAGAACGAGGAGCAGCAACCGCACUCUAUAGUUUGAUGCCGUUUUUAGGGCCGGCAGUAGGUCCAAUAGCUGGCGGGUAUCUGACCCAGUAUAUGUCGUGGCGAUGGAUCUUUUGGAUUGUCUCUAUUGCAGAUGCCGUGGUCCAGGUUCUGGCUUUUUGCUUUUUGAGUGAGACCUACGCACCGACGAUCUUGGCGACGAAGAGAAGAAAGUUACAGAAAGAAACCGGAAAUGAUAAGCUUCACACCGAAUACGACAGCCCCGAUCGCACAUUUGGCCAGGAGCUGCGGAAGAAUCUGGUUCGGCCACUCAGGAUGCUUUUCACACAGCCGGCAAUCCAGGCCCUUGCAUUAUAUCGAGGCUACCAGUAUGGACUCAUGUAUCUUGUGUAA